UACACUCUUUCUCUCUCUUUAUUCAUUACUCUCUUUUACAUGUCUCUUUGACUUUGGACCACUUUACCCAAAAUUCCUAAACCUAAAGACAAAAACACUCCUCACCGGUCCUGGCUAAUGGGCGUCGUCCUCCCAACUCUCAUCGUUUAUGCUUUCCUUCUCUUCUUCUCGUCGUCCUCCGCCGCCUCUCUUCAACGUCCCAGUGGAGGGCUUGGGCAGGGGAAGAAGGAGAUAGCUAGGUCGGGUUUACCGGGUCAGAUUGUAGAUCAGAAGCGGUUAGGGGGACCUGGCUCGGUGCCUCCGAUGUGUAGAUUGAAGUGUGGGAAAUGUGAGCCUUGUAAAGCAGUUCACGUUCCGAUUCAACCAGGUCUGAUUAUGCCACUGGAGUAUUACCCUGAAGCUUGGCGCUGCAAGUGUGGCAACAAACUCUUCAUGCCCUAAAACCAAAAACAGAUCUUCAUGACCUAACUUAAUUAAUUCUUCAACAAUUAGUGAACUUUUUGUUAGCUUUUUCUUUUCCUCGGGAUUAAUUUUGUCCUCCUUACUAAUUGGUUUUUACUGGUUAGCUUUGAGGCAAUAUUUUGUUUAAAAGUUAUAAUAUGAUCAUAACAGUUUUUAACACAUGGAAAAAUAU